CCUCCCUCUCUCUCUCCUCCCUUUCUCCCGUAGACAUCACCAUCUCUCCUCCCCCUCUCUCCGGCGCCAUGGAUGAGAUCCCAUCCCCAUCACAGCAGCUUCCCAUAAGCACCACCACGAAGACAAUCAAGGAGAAGCAGCUGACUCUGAUCCCUCUCAUCUUCCUCAUCUACUUCGAAGUCGCCGGCAAGGAACCGGCCGCGCCGCUGUCCUCCCCUGCCGCCAUCAUUUUUAUGUCGCCGCCACCGCGAGGUCAAGACUCUUCCCUGCCUCCCUCUUUCCUCAUCCCUAUUUUUUUCCAGAUCUGAUAGUCUCUACCGGUACCAAUACCACUGGUAGCGCUAUUGGUACGCUACCACUACUCACUAGUACCAAUACCAGUGGCUUCCCUAUCAUCUGGUACCACUAUCAUCUGUUUUUUUUUUUUUUUGGUGUUAUACGCUACUGGUACCGCUACCAAUGCUAGUGGUAGCGCUACCAGUGCUAGUAGCGUUGUGUUAUUCUCUACUGGUAGCGUACCACUAUUACUGGUACAUUUUUUACUGGUACCGCUAGUACUGGUACAUUUUUUAACGUACUGGUAGCGUACCACUAGCACUGGUAUAUUAAUUACCAGUAGACUAAUAGAUUGGUACACUUUUUAACGCAUUGGUACAUUUUUUCAGGUUGCCGGAGGGAGUCUGCCGAAGAGAAUUCGUCGGAGAAAAAGUUUGUCGGUCGAUGCGGAGUGGCUGCUGGAGAAAGGAAGAGAGAGAGAUAGAUAGAGAUAUUAAUGUAUAGGAUUUAAAUUUCAGAAAAAAAUUGUAUUUAAUAUGGGGUUUUAAUUCCCAAUAUAAUUAAUACAAAAAGGUAAUUAAUAUAUUCCUUUUUUUCAUACCCAAAAUACCCUUGAUUGUGAAUCUGACAAGGGUCACCUUAUCCCGUCCCGAUAAAGGUUUGUACGAGCUUUUGAGUAAAAUUUUGGAAGAUUCUGUUGUCAAUAAUUAUCAAGUAUGGUCGACAUUUGAGGCAAUUGGAGCUCAAUACGCAAGAUUGUCAAUCAUUAGGAAAGAACAUGAGAGGGUUAGGGAGGCAAGAGAAAAGAAUAAAUACUAUCAAGAAAUAAUGAGUAAGGAUCUUUCUCAAUUUAGCUCUCGUACAAAAAAGUGGGUAUUAAACACAAAAAAAACAUCAUAGCUGCGAACCAAGUUUAUCCAAGUCCAUCUCUAGGAGGAUCCAAUUAUAAGCUAUAACACAAACUAUGACUUUUAUACACCCGACUUGUAAUCUUUGAAGUUUGAUGUAUUAUUUAGUUUGAGUGUGUUGCUCUUAAGUAUUUUCAAUUCUUUCUUAUAGUGUGUUGCUAAGAGUAUUUUAAAUUUACUCUUGAUGUCUGUUCUACUUUGAUUUCUUUUCUUCAAUUAUUAGUAAUUAUAAAUUGGACUAAUAUCU